AUGCACUCAAAAAAUCGUCAACGCAAUCCCGAACGUCUGCACACAUCAGGUUCAGCCGACUCCAGAUCUAUUCCGGUACAUAUAGAAGCUCACGAUGUUUCGGUGUCCCUCACUGCUUCGUCUUUCCAAGGUAUACGACGCGCUUGGAAACCCACCAAAAGUACAGCUAUCCCGCCACAACCACCGAGAAUUCUCCACAACGUACGAGCAUGUAUACCACCUGGACGGUUGACCGUUAUCCUCGGAGGCAGUGGUUCGGGGAAAACUACAUUCCUGAAUGUCCUUUCUGGUCGAACGCAGAAUGGUCGCCUUCACGUUGCGGGUAAAAUUCUGUACAACGGCCGCGCAGAUAUCCGAGCAUUUCGGAGUGCCUAUCUGGUACAGCAAGAUAUUCUUCCUGCAAUGCUGACCGUCCGCGAGAUAUUGAGCUAUGCCGCAGAGUUAAGCUCGGGAUGUACAGGAGCCUCGGAAAUUAAUCGUUCUGUCGAUAACAUCAUUUCGAUGCUAGGACUCGAAAACUGUGCGGAGACCCGAAUUGGAGACAACAGGAACAAGGGAUGCAGUGGGGGUGAAAGGCGACGAGUCAGCAUUGGGAUUCAGCUGCUAAAAGAGACCUCGGUACUCUUUUGCGAUGAGCCAACAACUGGCCUUGAUGCAACAACGGCGUUUCAGGUUAUUCAGACCCUCAAGCGACUGGCUGAUGGCGGUAUGACAGUAGUCAUGUCACUUCAUUCACCCAGGUCUAACGCAUGGAGCCUUUUUGACAAUGUGAUUCUAUUGUCCGGUGGUCACUUGAUGUACAGCGGAUUAUCAACUAUGGUGGGAGACUAUUUUAAGGAUUGUGGACAUGAAAUGCCUCCAUUCGUGAAUCCAGCGGACUUUCUCCUAGAUGUCACAUCCAUUGAUGUACGAUCGGAGGCAUCCAAGUCUAACUCCUGUGCCAGAGUAGAGCAUCUGAAACUAUGCUGGAUGAAUUUUUCGACAACCAAUACAGCGAACUGUCUGUCUAACGGCCGGGAUGUUUGUGACUACAUAGACUUCGGUUUUAAAGCCCCAAGCUAUCCAAGAGUGUGCAAAGUAAUGAUACAGCGAAACUUGAAGAUAUGCUGGAGGGACUGGAGGUCGCUAGUGGGAAUCUGGUGCGCUGUGGCUGCUUUGGCAGCUAUCAAUGGCUGGGCUUUCUGGAAACUUGAUGGCAGCUUGAGUGGGAUUAGGUCACGAGAAGGGAGCCUCUGGGACGCAACUGGGCUAUACGGAUACUUGAUUCUAGUUCAUGAGAUAUGCCGUCUAAUGGAUGAGAUCGGUCAAUUUGAUCACGAACGGAGAGAUGGAAUCUUAGGCGCAUCCGCGUUUUUACUGAGCCAGAGAGCAUCCAGAUUUUUCCCGGAGGAUCUGAGCCUUCCACUUCUCUUUACAGCCAUAUACUAUCCCAUGGUUGGGUACCGUGGCUCGGCCUCGCAGGUUUGCGUGUUUAUACUGGUCAUGCUACUGACGCAUUAUCUUGCCAUUGGGUUCGCCGGUCUUUGUGUGGCCACUACCAGGAGUUUUCACGGAGCGGGCCUGAUGGGCAACCUUUUCUUCACUUUGCAGAUGGUAGCAUCUGCAUAUUUUAUCCAGACGGAUCAAACGCCACCGUACGCUAGAUGGCUCAAAUGGAUCACUCAUACUUUCUAUACCUUUGGUGCUCUAUGCGCGAACGAGUUUAUCGGUGUGCAUGGCCCUUACCAAGGCCACCUAUAUGACUGUCCUUUCUCAGCAGGUCGUACAGAUCCUCGCUGUAAACAGUAUACUGGACGGUUUGUCAUGGAUAGCCUAGGAAUGCCAAAAGAAUGGAUAUGGCGUCCCAUUGUGAUCUUGUGGGCUAUGACUUGUAUUUUCCAUGUAUCGGGCGCCUUUAUUCUUCAUAUCAAUCAUCCAAAACCACCUCUUACUCCUACGGAACGGGAAUACAGCCCUAGUUCAACGGAGGUGGGGCGACAGCCAAGAUACAAUCGUUCAGUGACUCCAGUUUCCCUCUGCCUGGAAGACUACGCCUUAAAGGUGAAACGGCAUAGGUCAGCGCGGCGAAAUACACCUAGUGUUGCAUCCAGAAUCUGUGGUCCAGUGUCCACAAUAUUCCAUCCAGGAAAGCUGAAUGUGAUUCUGGGAGCAUCAGGUAGCGGCAAAACAUCUUUAUUAUCUUCAUUAGCUGAAAGGCUUCCCUCGAGUUCAAGUUUCAAGUGGUGCCGUACAGGCUCAGCUCUGUAUAAUGGACAACGGUUAUCGAAGGUUCAAAUCAGAUCAAUGGUUUCAUUUGUGCCACAGGAUGAUCACAAUCUGAUGCCGGCACUUACGGUGAGCGAAACAUUGCUCUUUGCCGCUCGGCUGAAGUUGCCAUCCUCCAUGCCUGACAGUGAGAAGCGUGAACGUGUUUCAGAAGUUAUCGCAAAGUUUGGCCUGGAAUCCUGUGCGAGACGUCUGGUUGGGUCCGCCAUCGUGAGAGGAAUCAGUGGCGGAGAAAAACGACGCCUCUCGAUUGCCUGUGAGGUCCUGACUAUGCCGCGGGUUCUUAUUUUAGAUGAGCCUACGUCCGGGCUCGACAGCUUCAUGGCACUCACUGUGCUAGAAGUCCUGCAGAGUCUAGCUACCGAGGGCUGUACGAUCAUUCUCACAGUCCAUCAACCCACAUCGUCAAUGUGGCCGCUGUUCUCCAACUGCCUGCUUCUUUCACCGCAUGGAGUACCCUUGUAUUCUGGUGAAACGUCUGAGAUGUAUUCCUAUUUUCAUUCGGCGGGAUUUGAGUGCCCUAAAGUAGUGAACCCUGCAGAUUUCUUCAUGGAUCUUGCAACAUCCGGUAAAUCACAAGGGAACGAUGAAGAUAGUAAGAAGCGACUAGACAACCUUGUCAAUGUGUGGAAGUCGCAUGAGUCCUACGCGAGAAAACAACCCCUUGACCCUCGACCUGGAACUGAUCAUAGCCACACAGAAUUCGUUGCAGAUUCUACAACAUGCAACCAUCAUUCUUCUGCAACAGCAUUCCCGAUGCUUGUACAUCGCGCCGCCUUGAAUACUUUUCGCCAGCCAAUCUCAAUCCUAGCCCGAUCAAUCCAGGCUCCUGGAGUGGGUCUUUUGCUAGCACUCUUUACUGCACCGAUGAAAACAGACUACAUUUCUGUUCAAACCCGCAUGGGUGUUAUCCAACAGUAUUCAGCUCUCGCCUUCAUCGGUAUGCUCCAAAACGUUGCGACAUUCCCUCCUGAAGUGGAGGUGAUGUACCGCGAGACAUCAGAGGGUCUAUACAAUAUUGAGGCAUUUCUCGCGCAGUACACUAUCCUCGAACUUCCUUUCGAAGCUUUUUCUGCACUAAUAUUUGCUCUGUUACUCGCAUACGUAGCGAAAUUAGCACCUGAGGCAGACCGGUUUGGGUUUUUGUUCGUAAGCGCUCUUUGCACGCUCAACAGCGGAGAAUCUAUCAGCAUGCUGUUUUAUCUUGUUUUCGGUCAUAUAAGCCUAGCCGUCAGCUUCACGGCAUCGUUGCUUGCUAUCUUCACCGUACUGGGCGGCGUCAUGAGUCUAGAUCCACCAAAAGUCCUUCAGUGGUUCAACUACAUCUCACCCGACAAGUAUGCAGUAAGCAGUGUCUCUAUCUUGACUAUGAGGGAUGUGGUAUUUAGUUGCACGGAGGAACAGCGAGAUGUGAAUGGAAAAUGCUUAAUAGAAACCGGAGAGGAAGUCUUGCAGAUGUACAAAUUCGAUCAGAAAAGUCUGUGGUUGGAGGUGUUGGGGUGCGUUGUGGCCAUGUUAUGUUAUCGUGUACUGGUAUACGCGAUUCUCAAGGCCAAGACUAAACGGCUGAACUCCAGAGGCACUCGAGAUUGGUUUAGGCAACGGCGGCGGCGAGGCGAGACGACACGCGACGAAGAACGGGGUUUAAUGCUUUCUGAUCUGGCCGCAUGA